CUCUAUGUAGUAAGUGAACAUAAACUCUUCGCUGUGUUUCUCUGCAGACAACUCAACAAAACAACACUCGAGCUUCACUUUUGCGUCUUUCUUGAAUCAAGCAUGCAACAAGAACAGGGUGGAAAAUCUGACACGCAAGUGACAUGGGAAGAUCAACAGAACAUCAACAAAUUUGGAAGAUUAAAUAACAGAUUCCAUGAGCUUGAAGACGAAAUCAAGAUCGCCAAGGAAACAAAUGAGAACCUGGAGGACGCAGGCAAUGAAUUGAUUCUGACGGAUGAAGAUAUUGUCCGGUUCCAAAUAGGAGAAGUCUUUGCCCAUGUGCCGAAGGAAGAAGUAGAGACCAGGAUAGAAGAGAUGAAAGAGGUGACUAGUAAGAAGUUGGAAAAACUUGAGGAAGAGAAGGAAUCUAUAGUUGCCCAAAUGGCGGAGUUGAAGAAGAUUCUAUAUGGGAAAUUCAAGGACUCUAUCAAUCUAGAGGAGGAUUAGUCGGCUAUGAAUUGUUAUUUCCCUGUAAUUCGGCUGCCUUUUGCUUUGGUCUUUAUAUGAUUCUCCUUUUCCAAGAAUUACCGACUUACUUCAGUAGUUUGUAUGGACAUCAUAUUUGUAGACAUUUCGACA